AUGCUGGAGCCGCUGCUGUUUUUUGGUAAACUGGCAUUUCGACUGCCGUAUGCUUUUGGGAAAAGCUGGAUCAGUGGGAAACACCAUGAAUUCGGCAUCUUGAAAUGGAUUACUGUUGUCUUCUUGAUGGAAAGUGCUAACAGUCUGGACCAUUUGACUAUGAAGUACGUGGUAAAUCCAGCUCUAGCUGUCAUAAACCGUAUCGGGUUCUGGUGGCUGGGGGCUGCACAACGCCAAGGCUUGCUACGAUGGAUUUUCCGCGAACCAAACGCACCAGUAUUGAUGUACGUCCACGGUGGAGGGAUGUGUCUAGACAUGCUUCCAUACAGCUUGGCAUAUUUGCGGCAUUUGAAAAAAGAGGUCGGUAAUUUGUCCCUUGCGUACGUGGAUUAUUCUCUAUGUGAGCGUUAUCCCAAGGCCGUUGACGAAGUAUGGAAUGAAUACCAAAAACUGGUUUCGCAAGGCCAUCAAGUGUGGCUACUGGGCGAUUCUGCGGGCGGAAACCUAUGUCUGAACGUGCUGCAAAAAUGUGUUGCCGAAAAGACUGUUUUGCCGGAAAAAUGCCUAACUGUUAGUCCCUGGCUUAAUGUGACGAAAACUGAAUCGUACGUCCCGCGUUCGGAAAGUAUCGAUUUCCUGACCUGGAACCAGCUGGCAAUGUUCAAGAACGUAUACGCGCCCAAUGGUGAUUAUACAGACCCAUACUUGAAUCUGGAGACUAACUUCGAGCCCGAUAUUUGGACCAAAGUCCUCGAGUCAACCAAACUGCUCAUUGUGUGCGGAGAGGACGAAAUACUGUAUCCAGAAAUCUCUCGGUUCGCACAGAAGCUCCGCAAAAUUGAUGCAAGCGGGAUCAAACUUGUUUCGCAGCCACGAGGCGUCCACUGUGGCACCAUGAUGUUCGAUCUAGGAGCCCCACAGGACGAGCGACCCUGUUUGCAAGAAGCCGUGAAUUUCUUGCGACAGUGA